AUGUCAACCGAACAACAAGCCAUUUUCAAUGCGGAAUAUGAGGAAACUCUUUGUACCAUCAACACUGUCUACGUCUUUCGUAUUCCUCCAAGAGCAUCCUCCGAAGGUUACAAAGCAGAAAAUUGGGGAGAGCCAUUGUGGACAGGUAGAUGUAAAGUAGUCGCUAUUGGUGAAAAGUGUGAAGUGAGAUUGGAAGAUCCAGCUACUGAGAAGAGGUUUGCUACUUGUAAUGUCAACACAGAUGAGAAUGGACCACAAGCUAUUGAAAGAGUUUUGGAUUCAAGUCGUUACUUUGUUUUGAGAAUUGAGGAUAAACAAAAGGGAAGACAUGCUUUUAUUGGAAUUGGUUUUUCUGAACGAAGUGAUGCAUUUGAUUUUAACGUUGCAUUACAAGAUCAUCAAAAGUUGGUAAAGAGACUGAAAGAACAAGCAGAAAAUCCACAAGAAGAGGAAAAGAAAGAUUAUAGUUUGGGUGAGGGUGAAAAGAUUAAAGUCAACAUUAAAGUUAAGACUAAGGGAAGAACAAGUCAAGCAACUGGAGAAGCAAAGUCAAGUGGUAGUGGAUCAGGCAGUGGCGCUUUCGACAUGGGCUUUUUAGGGGCACCUCCCUCUUCCUCAUCCAGAAAGAAGGACUCUGGAAAUAACAAUUCUUUGUUUUAA